AUGGAUAGUGAGGUGUAUGGAAUAGACUUGAACCCGAAGAGGAACAUGCUAAUACAUGGGGGAGGAGAUGACAAAUGCAUUGUAACUGAUCUGGAAACGGGAGAUAUCAUCAGCGUGGUGGAGGACUUCGAUGACUCUGUAAUAUUCUGCAAGUUCAUAGACGAGGAAAGAUUUAUUGUUGCCUCUCUGGACGGAACGAUAUCUCUGAUGACUCUGGAGGGAGAGAUCAACAAUGUUUCUGUGAACGAGGAUAUUUCCCGGAUAAAGAUAAACGGAGACAAACUUGUUGUGGGGACUGUCGGAGGAAAUGUGCACCUGUUUACUCUUGAUCUGUGUAUUCAGAAUGUCUGCAUUGGACAGUAUAACGAGAUACAGGACAUAUGCUAUGAAGAUGGCAAGGUUUACACUCUCAGUGAGACCAACUUCGUGAUAUUUGAUGCCAAGAGCCACCAGAAGCUUAUGGAUGUUCAUGUGAGAGGCGGGUCUGCCAUGGACAAGAUACCUUCAAGUGAUGUUGUCUGCCUGGGACUGGAAGGAUGCAUUGUGGUGAGAAAGAACGCCCAUCUCCUGAGCAGAAUUAGUGUUGAGGGGACUCCCGAGUGUGUUCUGUACAUGAACAACUACUUUAUUGUUGGUGGAGACUUCGACCAUAUACUUCUUAUAAACAUGCCUAUGGGGAUGCGUACGUUCAAGAUACCGAUUGGGGCAGAGAAGAUACUGAGCAUAAAAGGAGACGGAGAAAAUAGGAUUGUGUUUAGCACAUGCAAUGGAAUUGUCGGAUGUGGUGACAUAAGAGACGAGAAGAGCUUCAAGCUUGUUGAAGGGGGUGUGGGAUGUAUCUUUGAUCUGUGCUUCAAGGACAGCAUGGUGUAUAUUGGGGGAGAGCAUGGAUUUAAUGCCCUUGACAUGAGGAGUAUUGAAGAGCUUAAGGUGGAGUAG